AUGUACCCGAGUUGGCAAUCGCCCGAAGACUCAUCACCGGUUCAUUCGUAUUGGACUCAGCAUGUCGCGCCGACGGUCGCUUCAGCGGCUGCCGCCGGUGUCACCUCGAAUGUGGCCCAUCAUAAGGUGGCCGCUGCCGCUGCGGCCGCUUACGAUCCGCUACUGUAUCCGCAGAACUAUAUGAAUAAUAUGAAGAAUAUGUUGGGCGCUGCCGCUCAAUGGGUUGAAUCUUCUAGCGCGUAA